AUGAAAUUCCUAAUUGCCUUCACUGCCAUCGUUGCCGUCGCCCUGGCCGCCCCCGCUGCCCCCUCCGACGAAAGCAGCGCCACCGUCGUCAAAUACGAAAAUGACCACAAGGGCCUCGACGGAUACAACGUAGCCUACGAAACCAGCAACGGAAUCGCCGGAGCCGAACAGGCCCAGCUGAAGACCUUCGGUGAUGAUGUUGCUGCCAUCGUUGUCAAGGGAUCGUACUCGUACACCGGUGCCGACGGACAGGUUUACACCGUCAACUAUGUUGCCGAUGAGAACGGAUUCCAGCCGGAAGCUGCCCAUCUGCCUCGUGCUUAA